AGCCAGCUGUCUGCGGGCCAGGUUUAGCAUCUCUGCGGUUCGCCGUAUUUGUUCUGCACCCAAUGGCGGACCCGAACGGCAAGGAGGCGGGCCGGAAGUUCCUGGAGGAGAACAAGGGAAAGGACAGGGUGGUGACUUUGCCGUCGGGCCUGCAGUACAAGGUGCUCAAAGAGGGACGCGGCAUGGAGCACCCGCUCGUCGGAACGCCCUGCGAGUGCCACUACGCGGGCAGGCUCCUCGACGACACGGAGUUCGACUCCUCCUACAAGCGCGGAGCUCCCACGACCUUCGCCCCGAACCAGGUGAUCAAGGGCUGGACAGAAGCAAUGCAGCUGAUGGUACAGGGCGACAAGUGGGAGAUGUACAUCCCCUACGAGCUGGCGUACGGCGAGGGCGGGAGUCCGCCCAAGAUCCCCGGCUGCGCGUGCCUGAUCUUUGUCAUGGAGAUCAUGAAGAUUAAGGGCGCGACGAAGCCAGCCGAGAUCACCUUUCCAGAGUGGACGGAGGACCAGCUCAAGUUGUGGGAGGAGAAGGACGAGAAGUCGCUCGUGGAUUGGCGCGAGGCCAAGGUGAAGGAAUGGGAGGACCCAGAGAAGAAGUUGAAGGAGAAGUACCCUUCGCGGGAGGAGCUUGACUCCUGGAUGGAGAAGCAGUGCACCACCGCCAAGAACAAGUCCCUCUGGAAGCGAACCCGCAAGAGCUACGAGUGAGCAGCAUGCCGCUGCUCGAUGGGCACAGCGCGAUCGUUCUCCUCGAGCCUGUUCCUUGUGCCUUUGCGCCCGCAGCUGCACGUGCUCCUCAUCCCGCAUCCUCCUCCCGACUGCGCCUCCUCCUUUGCCACCGCCUCCGCCUACUGCCCGCCCUCCUUCCAGCGCCCUUCUACGCACUUCUUCCGACCGGCGGGUCUUGGUAUAGGGCGGACUCGGCGUGUCGCUCGCCAUUUUCCGAAGUAUCAAAAGCAUCCGAGUGCCUCGGAUUGUGUCUUGACGCUGCGUCGGAGGAGGGUGGGCCGCUUUCAAGACGUGGCUCUCUCUCUCUGGGGAAGGAUCUCAAAAUCGAA